CACGAUUUUCCGGACAAAAACAAUUUUCCGCGACGAAAGUUUUCCUGACCUGGCGCAUAGAAUUGCGCACGAAAUUCGCAUUCCAACGGGAGUACCGGUGCUUAUUCGUAGAAUUCUUGGACAACCUGAGGAACACUCCGAACGAGAAACAUCGGUUAAUGCCGUGGUUCAGACAACAAGUGAUAUUGAAACCAACGGACAGUGCAAAAACGACACAUAAAUGGCCACAAAGCGAAAGCCAAUCCACACGCCGUCGAGCGGAGCAAAUGCCAGCCGGCCACAGAUGAACUUCCGGCAGGGUGUGAACGAUACAACGGCGCGAAGUGAGGCCAAAGGGACACGGCCGACGGCAACGCCUACCUCCAUCAAGGAAGUGCUGACCAUGAUGGUGCUCCACGUCUGCAAAAAGAUCAUCUUCUUCGACACCGGCCUGAAGGUGGCUUUGUACUUGGGCUCUUUGUUCCUCGUCUCGCUGAUUGGUGACUUCAUACCGUACCCGAAGACGUAUCUAGCCCGAACGGACAACCUGUUCAACGUGUACUUUGUUAAACUGGGAUGGGCCUGGACCAUGCUGUUUACCUUCCCGUAUCUGGCCAUGACCUCGGUCACGAUUUGUUGCGGAGACAAUCAACGCCUGCUGCGCAAUCACUUGCCCCGGCUCGGCAUAGCGACGGUGUUUUGGUUCGUGUGGACCAAACUGUUCAACAUCAUCGAGUCAAGCUAUGGCCGGUGUAGCGUCCGAGGGUUCGAUUCGAAAACGCCGUGCUUAAAGGCGGGCCACUUUUGGAAUGGGUUCGACAUAUCGGGCCAUGCGUUCAUCCUCAUCUACUCCAGCUUGAUCCUGAUGGAGGAAGCACGGCCCAUCAUUAGCUGGGAAAGCAUCAAGGAUUUGCUACGCAACGAAGAGCACAAUCGCGCCAGCAACGACACAACGCAAACCUCGAAUCCUCUCAAAGGGCUAAAGGAGGAGGAUUUAAAGGCCCUAAAAUAUUUCUACACCCGCUUUACACCCACCAUUCGGCUGCUGUUUGUCGGCAUGACCAUGCUGCAGUUACUGUGGGACGUAAUGCUUGUCGGUACGAUGCUGUAUCACCACCGGAUGGUGGAGAAGGUGCUGAGCGGCAUCAUCGCGGUCGUUACGUGGUUUGUAACGUACCGGGCCUGGUAUCCGGUGCCGACCGUGUUACCCGAUCCGGUGGGCAAAGGCAUGUUCAACUAUCAGACCGUAAAACCCGAAAUAAGUGGCCUUCGGCGAAGGGCGAGCCUUUUGCAGCCGGGAACAUCUUCGUCUGCCGGUGGUGCCGGUGGAAACAGCAGCAGCAGCAGCAGCAAAGAUAUUCCCAAGUUCAUGGGCAUGCCGCUGUACGCUGCCAGGCAACCGUACAACAGCAGUGCCGGAGCGGGAGGAGCAGCAUCGCCGCUAGAAUCAUCGCCAGGCGGUCAGCAGGGGGCAGCGUUUGUAAGUAGCAACCAGCAUCUGUACGGAUCACGGGUGGGUACCGGCGCUGGCCUUAGCAGUAGCUCCAGUAGCUUUAGUAACCCUGACUAUAACCAUCCGUCGUACGCUCGCUAUCGUAGUCGCUUUGAACGUUUCGAAUCGUAGUGGUUCGGGAUCCUCCGUAGCAUACUUUGUGAAUGUUCGUCAUCUAAAACCAUUAAUUUUGUAUACUGUAAAUUACUAAAUCUUUUGCAAAAUUUAAAUUGUGCUCGUUCGCGAAUGAUGUGCGUGCAUGGCGAAAAGAAACCAGUAAAAUGUGUGGUGAAGGGAAGUGAUAGAACAAUCCGAAGGUGGACUGUGUUCGAUUUCGGGGGACAAAUUGAUUGUUAUUGGUAUUCGGUGUCGGUUGAGAUUAGAAUAGCGCUGUAAAAAGGGGCUUGUACAAACGGGCGUGUAGACUAGAGGCGUUCAACAUCUCCCUCGCUGAAUCUACACCAUUUGCAACUUGUCGAUACCUUCUCUUCGUUUGCAGAUACCAUGAAUCGAAUAUGAUCACUGAGACUACGCGCCUUUGUUGUUUAGAGUUGAUGAAGUAGGGUUUCAGCACCGUAUCACUCAGCCACCUAGGAUUUUACUCAUUUAUCCUCAUGAAGCCGAAGGAAAACCAGAGUGCGUAAGCUGCUGAAAAGACUUUAGAAUAGGUUUCAGCAGGCGUGUAGCGAGCUGAUGCUCUAGUGAAGCUGUUAGUGUACGAGGCAAUCAAAGUUCAACCUCUAUCUACUUACCACUCAGGCGCCUUAAAUGUUAAUAUUUAUGUUAUUAUUGGUUUUGUUUCUGUUUGCGAGGGUUUCCGUUAUAAUUUGUCGUUACUAUCUAUUAUGUUGAACCAUGUCGAAAGACCAAAAAUACAUGACCUUUCCAGCUCUUGCGUUUAAACGA